GACUGUUCCGUGGUCGGGUGGACUGGGUAGAAACUUUAGAUACCCAUGACGCCUUUCGAGUCUUUUUUGCAAGAUGGCGGACGGUGCGGUAAAAUACGACGAGCUUAGAAGAGAGUUUCAAGAGCUCAUAAGAAAUGCUUGCGAGAGUGAUGAUGAUCGCCAACUGCUGAAUUCAUUCUCCAAAGCGCGAGGAAGUGAUGGCGAGAAAAAAAAUGCCGCAGAUCAAUCAUUCAGAGACCUAGUGAAAGAAAGUUUGCUCAGUGAUGAGGAUGUUGAAACGCAGAAACAUCUUAUAACCUUAGCCAUCAAGGCAGCAGCACAUGGUACCUGCUCAACAACUUUGCCAGUCAUACUUCUCAGCGAUGUGUUUGACACUAUAACCCUAGACCGCUGUGAUUCUUUGUUUACUUUUGUUGAGGAACAGGUCUCAACUUGGACCAUGCCUAUUUUCUUCUCCAGUGGCAAAAAUUUACUCCUUAGAAUGUGUAAUGAUUUGCUACGAAGGCUCUCUGCUUCACAGAACACAGUCUUUUGUGGGAGAAUACAGCUAUUCUUAGCAAGACUUUUCCCUUUAUCUGAAAAAUCAGGUCUCAAUCUCAUGAGUCAGUUUAAUCUUGAUAAUGUCACUACAUAUGCCACAACAACCGAGGAAGAGGAUUCUGUAAAUGACAUGGAGACUGGGGAUGGAACAGAAGCAGGAGAACUUGUGCAGAGCAAUCUGACGCCAGUGGACUACAACUUGUACAGGAAAUUCUGGGCAUUGCAGGAUUAUUUCCGUAAUCCAACACAAUGUUACACAACUGUUGGUUGGAAGACUUUUUCAAAGUAUUCCCAGGAAGUUCUUGGGGUUUUUGCAAGCCACAAGCUUGAACACAUUUCAAGCUCAAUUAAAACAAAGGGCAGGAAAGACAGACAAGAAGAUGCCAGUGGCAGAAAGGAUGAGCCAUGUUACUUUGCCAAAUUUCUAACAAACGAGAAGUUACUUGAUCUACAGCUCAGUGAUAGCAAUUUUAGAAGAACGAUUCUUGUCCAGUUUUUAAUCGUUUUCCAGUAUUUAGUUGGAAACAUCAAAUUCAAAAGUUCCAGCCAGGUACUAUCAGAAUUACAAAGUCUUUGGGUAAAAGAGACAACAAGUCAAGUUUAUCAGCUGAUCAAAGAAACACCCCCAGAUGGUGAAAGCUUUGCAAAUACUGUUGAGCACAUACUUGAGAGAGAGGAGAACUGGAUUUCAUGGAAAAAUGAAGGCUGUCUGAGCUUUAUUAAAGAAAAAGAAAAAGAGGCUCAUGACGUAGUAAAGGGUCCAAAGGCACCAAAACGCAAGCGUACCAAGAGCAUCGGUGAGGAGAUAAAUGCUGAGUGGCAGUCCAAGAAACUGCAGAUGGGGAGUUCUGAGCUUACGCGGCUAUGGAAUCUCUGCUCUGAUAAUUUAGAAGCAUGUAGCGCAGAAAAAAGGGUAUUUUUGCCAUCUUUGGAGGAGUUCUUUGAGGAAGCGAUAGAGCAGGCUGAUCCCGAUGGCAUGGUCGAAGAUGAAUACAAACUGAUUAAGAAGAGUAACUUUGGCUGGAGAGCUUUGAGGUUGCUUGCUCGUCGAAGCCAACACUUCUUCCAGCCAAGCUCAAACCCAUUCAAGCCACUGCCUGACUACCUAGAGAGUGUAGUCAGUCAACUAGCACAAGAAUUACCUACACUCAAACAAGAAGAAAAUGUAGUUGAAAAUGGAUCGUCAGAGUCAAGUGCCCCAAUCUAAGACCAUCUUGUGUUUGUUUGAAAAAAAAAAGUUCGUCCCACAUGGCAAUUAUAACCAGGAUAAACAAAGGCAUUCAUUUGCUAGAAUAUACAACCAUGAACUAGCAUUGUCACUCUACACUUUGAAGUGUUGCAUAAACAAGAUGACUAAAGUAUCAGUUUUUUUUUAUGGAAAGCACUCAUACUGUAGCUUUUCCUGAUAUUAGACUACCUGCUAGUCCAUUUUUAUGUAAAUAUUGUAUGUUGUCGAGAAAAGGGAUGUUGAAUAAAAACUAGCCACAUUAUGAUAGCAAA